AUGAUCAGCGGUGUUAUUCUGGAACUGGAACAAGAGAAACACUUGCUGCGGAGGCGACUUGACACCACACAAGGAGAAUAUGAGGCGAGACUGCUGGAGUUGCAGAAUGACAUCAAGGAGCUCACCUCGAAGAUUGGUACCAAAAAUACCACCGUAAAACAGCGGGAUGAAGAAAAAGCCAGCCUCAUCGCAGAGCUUACAGCUCAAAACUCCAGGCUAACGAUACAGCUCAAAGAGUCUUCAGCCAUGGAACAACAGCUGCUGGCACAGCUGGAAGGACUGAAAGACCAGUGCUCGAUUAGGAAAACUAGCUUACAGGACCAUGUGCAAAGCCUGGAAUCCUUAAAAGCGGAGCUGGCGUUAGUCACAGACAAAAGAACAGACUUGGAGAGGAGGUUAAUGGGAUCGCUGCAGGACAAAGAGAAUCUGAUGCAACAAUUGGAGGAAGCCAAUGAUAGGAUUGUAGCACUUGAGAGGCAGUUAAAAGAACAGGAACACAUGUACCACAACACCCUGAAGGAACUAGAACGCCUGCAAAGAUCCCACGACACACUAGCCGAGAGGAUCGGCGCACCAGAUCCAAUCGAUACGACAGAUACUGCCAGAUCAUUGCACGCGGAGAUGGAGUCUGAACCUGAGGAUCAGGACGACGGCUGGCUGAGGAGCGAAGCUGUGCAAGUUUACAAACAGCUCAGGUCGUUGGCGUUGCAGCUGAAUACUGGACAUGACGAUGAUUCAGGAUUACACUCAGAUCUGUCUCUUACGUCCUUGGACGGCGAGGAAGGUGAGACGCUUCGACGAGGAGCGCUGGCCGCCGCCUGCGCAGACGCUGUGGCUGCGUACGCGGCACUCGAGGGGUCACGCGUCAGAGACUCCAUUGCCGCACAUGCUCGCAGAGCGUUGGAAAGGGAAAGGCAGAUCGACGAAAAGAACGAAAUUAUUGCUGAUUUAUCUUCUAAGCUAUCAGUUGCUGAAGUGGAACUGCGCGCCGCCGCUGAAGAGCGUGACAGGCUCCUCAAUGAUGCUAAAUACGGCAGUUUGCAAAACGAUGAGGCGGUCGCCAAGGCCCGCCAAGAAAGAGACGAAGCCAUGGAGAGGAAGAAGGCUGCAGAGGUGGCUUUGGCAAAGACUAGGGUAGAGCUGAUGCAGGCAAACAGUCAACUAUACGAGGCUGUCCGCCAAAAGGUGGAUCUUGGACAGCAAUUGGAACAGUGGCAGAUGGAUAUGCAGGAGCUCAUCGACGAGCAGAUGAAGCACAAACUCACGUCCCAAGAGAAGCGUCGCAAGCUCCCUGAACAACCUGCACCGACCAGGGCUUCGCGUCUGCUUGGAUUUUUUCACCGGUGA